GGGGAGACACACACACACACAGAGAGAGAGAGGGGAGAGAGAGAGAGAGAGAGAGCAGAGACGUCUCGUCAGUAUCAGCAACGGGUGAGCACCACAUAACUCUCGAAAAUGUCAGCAGGAAAAGCCCAAAUUGGCCAACAAGCUCCUGACUUCACUGCCAAGGCUGUGAUGCCCAAUGGAGAGUUCCAGGACCUCAAACUGUCCAGCUACAAAGGGAAGUAUGUUGUCUUCUUCUUCUACCCUCUUGACUUCACCUUUGUCUGCCCAACCGAGAUCAUUGCAUUCAGUGAUCGCGCCGAAGAUUUUAAAAAGAUCAACUGUGAAGUGAUUGGGGCAUCCACGGACUCUCACUUCAGCCACUUGGCUUGGACCAAUACUCCACGAAAACAGGGUGGUAUUGGCCGAAUGCAGAUUCCGCUCGUUGCUGACCUGACUAAGUCCAUCUCUGAGGACUAUGGUGUUCUGAAGAAAGAUGAAGGAAUUGCCUACAGGGGGCUGUUCAUCAUUGACGACAAGGGUAUCUUGCGACAGAUUACAAUCAAUGACCUCCCGGUUGGCCGUUGUGUGGAAGAAACCCUGAGACUGGUUCAAGCAUUCCAAUUCACUGACGCACAUGGAGAAGUUUGCCCGGCUGGUUGGAAACCUGGGAAAGACACAAUCAAGCCUAACGUGAAAGACAGUAAAGAAUACUUUGCAAAGAGUUAGGGUGUUGCAAACUUGUAUAAACUGAAGCUGAUGAGCACUUGAACGUUGCAUUUUGUUGUAGAGAUACAUAGAUAUUUUUAGGGACCAUAUAGAAAUGUUACACUCUAGGAGUGGUGACUGUUCAGCAUCAAACGCAUCUGAAUGUGCUCGAAACAAUGCUGUCCUGUGGUCUCUUGUCGAAAGUUUUGUACGCUCUGUGUCAGACUGAAUUAAAUAAAUGAGGAAACCUGA